CGACCGAGUUUACGAUUAGAAACUUGGAACGUUCGGUCAUUCACGAUACGCGUCUAUGGUACAGUUUUUGUUUCUAAUACGCCGCCGCCGCCGUCAGACGCAAGGACGCUGUUUCAAGAUUCGAAUAAUUAAUUUGUAAGAUCGAUAAUUUACGAAUGUACGACAGAAUUGAGGUUACCACGAAUUGGUAACGAUGCGAAUCGAUUCUUGGAACGGAGCUAUUUAACGUGUGCGUGUAUUCCUUUUCCUUUCUCAAGAUAAACACCGAUCGUAAAGAUGUACUUGACAAGUUGCAUCAGGCGUAAUUUGUUAAUUAAUCUCUUUGUGCACUUGUCAUUUUUCUAUCAUGCAACAGGACAAGGCAGUAACGUAAAUAAAAAUAGUAAGAGUAAUAAUAAUAAUGUAAUAUCGCAAGAUAAGAAACUUUCUCCGAUAAGCGACAUGGAAUUACAACGAAUAACAGAGGAGUUGUUUCAAAGAGAUUCUUGUUGCAUCUAUAAAAAUAUAACCGUGAGUUACCAAGGAUGGAUAAAAGGAGAUAAUAUAACGGAUAAUGCUCCAAAACCAUUAUUAAAAGUUUCAUCAAACGUUUCCUCACACCCGACAAUAAAAAAAUUGAGCAAUCUCUUUGAUAACUAUGAAUCGGAUAUACGUCAAACAGAAGUUGUGACCAGAGAAGAAAGCAAGGAGGAAGAUGAAUUUAUUGAUGCGCUUGUAUCGUCUGACGUAACAACGGCAGUUAUGAAUUUUCUUGCUACGAAAGGAUACUUUGCAAUGAAUCCGCAAACUUAUAAGACCGUACUAAAAUCUAUUUGGUUUCAUCUUUACUCACGAAUCAAAGGGUCGAUUGGUAGUUCAGGAUUUGAGCAUGUAUUUCUAGUAGAGAAAAAAAAGGAUAACAGUAUCGUCGGCCUACAUAAUUGGAUCUUUUUUGCGAAGCAAGAAUCGUUAAAUAAUCUCAAUUACCUCGGUUAUGGGCGCAAAGUUCUUUUCGAUAACAAAGCUGCACUCGCAAAACUACAUUUCAAUUAUAAAGAGGGAUACAAAGCGUCGACGAUGUUCAUUGGAACGUUACCGGAAUUAGAUGUGGCAAUUUAUACGCUAUGUUUCUAUGCCAGACCAAAUGCAAAAUGUAGAGUCUCUUUUGCAGGGCAUAAGUUUAAUGUCCAAACGUAUACAUGGCAACGAGAUAAUCAAGAUUUCGUCGGCGCAGCAUUUCCUCUCAUUUAACAACGAUGUAUAAGAAAAAUAUAUGUUCUUCGAUAUUAUCAUUGA